AUGAACAAUGACAUUCCACUUGGCGGCAAGAUUAUUAUAAUUCUAGGCGAUUUCAGGCAUUGCGCACCUAUCGUUCCAUUGGCCGGCAAAAAUGAAACUAUUUCUGCAUCAGUGAAAUGUUCCCAACUAUGGCAACACUUUGUUAAGUACGAUCUUCUUACGAACGUUAGAGCACUGCCACAGCAAAACGAAUUCAAAGAUUGGCUCAUGACCAUAGGAAAUAAUUCCGAAAUUUUACGUCACUUAGAAAAUGGCAGAGAUACUAUAGUCAAAGUUCCUAACCAUAUUAUUGUAGAAAAUGUUACUGAAAGCAUUUACGGUAGCAAUUUAAUUGAACACGAUUCCACACUAUUACAAAAAGCGAUUUUGUCUCCGUUAAACAUUCAUGUGAAGGAUAUCAAUGCAGUUGUUUUAGAAAAACUGCCAGGCAGAUCACGACAAUAUAUAGUGUUGAUAGUAUUAUCCGAGAAGACGAUACAACUGAAAAUGCUGCUGAUGAUUUAGAUUCCGCAUGUCCACAAGACUUUUUAAAUUCUUUGGAUGCUCCAAGACUUCCUCCCCACAUUCUUACACUAAAGAUUGGUGCAGUUAUCAUUUUAACGAAGAAUUUAGAUCUAAAGAGAGGUUUAUGUAAC